AGGACGACAGUCUAUAUAGCUCCUCAGGGAAUCAUUUUGAGGUCUUUAACAGUGCCAAGGCUAGUGACCUAAACCGAUCAAUGCUACAGACUUAGACUUCUGGUGGCAUGAAGGAAUGCAUGAUAAAUUGGUGAGAUUCAUUUGACAUCCGCAGGGCGCCAAAGACCGAAUUCAGGACGCGGGGAACGCGUCAGUGACGGGGACCGAGAAAGCCAAAUGGUGUACUUGAAACUCUAGUCUUAGGACACGGAUGAGACAACUCGGGUCGUGACAUGGACGACUCGUGCCAUGAUCAUUGCGCCCAGUGAGACGUUCGUUUAAAAACAUGGCCUGCGGGCUGUUCUAACCAUGUUGGACCCGAUGAGCGCUUUGGUGUCCUCCGUGUUACUCGCUCUUGCUCUGCCUCUCAUACAAAUCUAUCGUCAUCUAAGGACCCUACAAUCCCUCCCCUACCCUCCUGGACCUCCUGGCCGCCUUGUAAUUGGAAAUGUGCUCGAUAUACCCAAUACGCAACGUUACAGGGUUUUUGCGAGCUGGGCCAAACAAUACGACAACGCUGUCGUCUCUUUCCAGGUUCCGGGAUUUUGCACUGUCGUUCUCAAUUCUCUCGAAGCAACCAAAGAUAUCUUCGAAAAAAGGUCUGGCAUAUACUCUGAUAGACCACAGAUUGAAAUGAUCACACUGAUGGGGCAAAACUUUGCUGUCCCUGCGAUGCGUUACUCAAAGGAGUGGCGUAUCAACAGGAGCAUGGUCAUCCAACCGUUCCGUCCCAAAAUCGUUCCACUUUAUCACCCCGUUCUACGUUCGAGUGUCACUGCCAUGCUGAAGGUAGUAUUGGAUCGUCCGGGUAGUGUAGUUGAUGAGGUCAAAAGAUAUGCUGGCACCCUCCCGAUAAAGAUAGUAUAUGGGCGAGACAUGGAUGGUAAGACCGAUCAUCAUUUCAAAAUUGGGGAAGAGGUCGCAGCCAUGGGAGGGUCCGUCGUGUUUCCCGGUGCGAUCAUGGUCACUAUGUUUCCAUUCUUGAAACACUUUCCGAAAUGGCUGCCCGGAAUACGUGGCUUCAAGACGUUUGCUGAGAAGAGCAGGAAGAUGUGCCACGAACUCAUCAACGACUUGUACGAUGACGUGAAGCGAGACAUGGAAGCAGGAGUAUCCAACACCUCCCUCGCAGCAGACUUCAUUCGCCGUAUCAAUGCGAAAGAGGAAGAAGAGCGCGACGAGCGAAGUUCUAUUUAUUUAGACGAACAGAGAAUUAAAGAGGUUAUGACCACGAUUCAUUUAGCGGCAGCAGACACGAGUGAAGCAUCUAUCUCUGUCGCAAUCCUCACGCUCUUGCUGCAUCCUGACGUCCAAGCUCGUGCGAAAGUGGAGAUCGACGCGGUUGUCGGCCGUGAGCGACUUCCCGACUUUGGAGAUCGCGCCAGUCCUGGAGAUCGUGUUUACAGCCUUGCAAAUCAACACAAUAAGGAUGAAACCAUUGGCGAUGACAGAAGUGAUAACGCAAAACUUGUCUAUGUGGAGGCGGUAUGUAGGGAGCUCUUGAGAUGGAUAGUUGUUCUACCUUUAGGAGUCCCGCAUGCGGCAUUCAAAGACGAUGUUUACGAGGGGAUGUUCAUACCCAAAGGGGCAAUCAUCGUCGGCAAUGCAUGGGCAAUUCUCCACGAUCCGGUUCGAUAUCCCAAUCCAGAGGAGUUCAGACCCGAAAGGUUCAUCACCGAGGACGGGAGAUUGAACGACGACAUCGUGCUCCCUGCAUUUGGGUUCGGACGUAGAUCUUGCCCCGGGCGCCACCUUGCCAACUCAACCAUAUGGCUCGCAGUCGUUUCCAUGCUCUCAGUGUUCGAUAUCGUGAAGGCUAAAGACGAGAACGGAGAUGAGAUUGAUGUCGCAGUAGAAAUGGAGGAAAGUACGAUAUGCCACCCAAAACCUUUCAAAUGCGAAGCAAGAGUCCGGGACAAUAGGGCGGCAGCACUGAUUAGGUCCCUGGGAAGCGAUAAGUGAAACGGACACUAGGAUGGGCUCGGUGUGCGAAUUGACGAGACAGUCAGUAAUGCUAUGCAAUAAAUUGGACGUAUUGCAGUGGC